GUUCUCGUCUAGCAUUCUCAGCUAAAAACGUCUUUUGCACCAACUAAACCGCGCAUUGCCCCUUCUGCGGGUUCGUCCCAAUCAACUGAGGUGCGAAUCUUUCCAUUGCGGCCGUUCUUCGCAUAUCCCCUAUCGACGUUCAAUUUACGAAUGCUCUAACUCAGUCAUCCUCCCUCUCACCUUGCAAAUUGCACGGUACUCGAGCAUCCCAAUCUCCAAAAAACACACAUACCACCCAUAAAAAGUCAUUGCACCUGAAGGGCAUGCACUUAUUAUUAUACGCUAUACGCAAAUCACGGAAGGCUCGCCCAAUAUGCCAAACUUGACGACAGAUGAUGAUCAAAGACACCAUCUGCCGGGCCUGGAUCAGCGGCUCGAGGGCUAGGGCAUGAGGGGGGAAAGUUAUGUCAGGGCUUUCAGGGACGCGGUCAAAGAGCUUGGGAGGGCGAGGGACGACGAGUGACGAUAGCCGGAGACGAGGGAGAAGUAAAGACUGUCGUCACAUCGCGCCUUUGAAGGACUUGAUUGACAAAGCAACAACAACAUCAGACAACGUGCAUCUGUGUUUCAGUGGACAUGAGCGCUUCCGGUGGAAAUAGAGAUCGACAUCCUUAAACAAGCGUGAGCCCAGGAGCUUCCCUACGAGAAGCAUCUUUGAAGCUCGUGCAGUCGAGCACCAUGUAUCGGAUAGCUUGAUAAGCGACGACCACCUUCGUUCAUUUUCUUUUCCCUUCGGCCCACCCCUCCCUCUCCUGAGCAGUGCUCUUCGCUAUCCAUCCCUCAUAUCGGCCUGCCCGCCCAAAGGCUUACCUUCCGUUUAUACCGAUUCAUUCUUUCUUUGACCCCUUUGUCUUGGGAGCUGUCCGAUCUUGAGCUUCAUUUUCACAUCCAGGCUAUGGUACACUGUGCAUCAGACUCAUAAGGUCAGUUACUGAAGCUCAGGACGAGAUUCAGAUAUCACUGUUUUAUCAUCCUUUGGUGUUCAAAAUAUCCGCAUCACACUAAAGAAGCCUUUGCCUCUCCUUUAUUCUCCAGCCUAGGUAAUGUCAAAUCUGGAAUGGGUUGUCUAAUAUAUGACCUUGACUGUGCGCAAGCGCUCUCGUGAUGUGCGAGUGGCUAUAUUCUGCCGGCUGUUCUUUCAGUUGUCCAACUUAUUGUCACUCUUUGUCCCUAUCUGUCGUUUGAAGUAUAUUCCGACUCGCCGCUUGCAACCAUCUGUCAUCCGAGUGCAAGUAGUCUUCGCAAAAUGGUCGACCUAUCUGCGCUUUCUAUCCCCCAAUUCUCCUCCUUAAGCCCUUCGGACGGCUUCUCACCUUUGAAGCAUGCUUUUGGUCCUUCCCGACCACUCAGCAUCGCACCAUCUGAUUCUUCAUCAGAGCCUUUAACGGUAUCUCCGGCAGGGACCAAAACUUCCUGGGCGCUUAUCUCUUACUCAUCUUGUUGUCCCGAUAACUCGCAAGAUAUCAUCGACCGUUCUCCCUUUCCCACUUCUACAAAUUUUACCAGUUCCUUCUCUAUGUCUCAAUCGCAGCAAAAUAAUGAUACAUACUCGUACCGUAUGACACCUAAUACUGGCACCAGCCAGUGGUCUCAAUCACCAACCGCAGACAACUCAUUCAUCUCCUCACCUUUGACAAAGAGCAUAGCCUUUCAAAACGGUCUGACAGGCAUUUCUCCCAUGUUUGCGACUUUCAAUACCACUUCUAUCCCCAAUGCAAGUUACCCUACAGCCGCCCAUCCUAUUAAUCCUUCUUGCCCCAUGCCAGUUCGAGGCUACUCUGCAAGCUCCGCCGUGCAUUCGCCUAACCGGCGUCGGUCCUCCACACUCGUCACCCUUUCUUCGCCAUCACCAAUGACGCCUCCAUUCAACCACUACCCCUACCCUCCUCUACACAUCUCUUACCCAAGCACGCCAUCCUCCGUUUCAGCGAGAAAUCUCUUCCGGCAACCAUCAAUACCGGCGUUUUCGGAGAACAAGAGGAUAUUUCAUCCUUCCCCAGCGGGGAAAACGCCUGCUACUGGAGCAAAACUGACCCAAUUGCCUUACGAGCAUGGAUAUGAAGGAGGGUCUCAAUUUGGAUCUGGAAAUAUGCUUGGAGGAAUGGGCAUGAAUAUGGAAACUGGUAAUCCUUUAAGUCUCAAUAUGUUCCCACAGAUGAAUACAGGCUUUCGUCCAGGGAAUGGACAAGAAUUCAAGUUGCCGAGGUUUAAACCUACAAAGGAGCAGUUGGAAAUCCUCAUCAAAUCGUAUGAAGAGAACAAAACUCCAGACGGUCCAACUCGGGAAGCACUUGCAAAAAAGCUUGGCCCGGACGUGCGUCCCAAAACUCUGCAGAUUUGGUUCCAAAAUCGUCGUUCAAAAUCUCGCGCGAAGGAGCGCGAUGCGGCCAAUAUUCCAAAACCUUUACAAACCAACAGUCCGACCAUCAAGCCGUCUGCGCAGGGACACGAGAAGGGUAAAAGUGGACCAACAAGAUCAACUAGCGGGGGGCCGGGUGAAAUGAAACAAGGAGGGGUUAAUAUAGAGCGUUUAAACAGCCUUAUCCAUGAUGAUGAUCCGAGCUUGUCCAUCCUCCCCAUCACUGUGCUUUCGAUUGCCAAGUGGACUAGGUUCCUCACCCCUGGAACAGGCAAUAUAUGCCCCGACCUAGCUGCUUCUAUCCGUUUCCGUUCAGCCUCCACUCCUUCCCAUCCCUCCCCUCUCUUACCCACGCUGCACCUCUACGUCCUCCACACUACCAUCUUUCGUAUCGACAUUCCCCUGUCCGCCUCUGUCAUCUCCAAUCUCCAAGCGACGAAUAACCCAUCAGUCAUUACAGAUGCAGUGGCUGUGCGAUUCGAACUUGGACGAGGUCAAGUAAGAUUUGCGUGUUGGAUAGAUGAAGAAGGCGCGGGAUGGAAGGAAGUCGGUGAUUUUACGGGAGGCGAAGCUGGAGCCGGGGGUAGAGUCGAGUUGACCGGACCGGCCUCUAUAUUACUACCAGCCUUUUCUACAGUCCAACAACUCCUCACGAAUACCGCCUAUCCAACUCCUAUUUCCAGUUUCCUCAUCUCCGGGCCCAUCUCUAUCCACCCAAAGCCUAUCAAUGCCUUGCAUCUCCCCACCAAUGCCAACACUCAGUCUCACUCCAAUCCAACCUCAACCCCACCUUCCUUUUCCUCACCUCCCAACCUUACCGCCACGCCGCCCCUUCCACUUUCAAGUGUCAGCGUCGAUACAGACAUGAUGUCCCGCUCCCAUCAAGGGCAACAAGCUGCUACACUAGCUCCAGCAGGACAUCAGAGACAGCGGUCCUUCUCACAACCGAUCUUUCCGACAUCUGCAUUGAUCAGCGGUAUGAUGCCCAUUGACACGAGCUUAUCGAGUACUGCACCAAUUGAUAAAACUACCAGGGACUCUCUCACGAUGCGUCCGUCGGUCAAUACAACAUUGCAGGCUAGUGCACAGAGCAGCUUUGAACCCUCACCCGUUUCGUUCAUCGGGAAUAGCGGCCAUAGUCAAACCCCUGUAACAGGCUCGUUCAAUGGGAACGCAACAGUUCUAGGGACCGACCAGCUCUGGGAGUCUCCAGGCGGUCUUUCGGACAGCACAAGCCUGACAUUAAACAUCAACGAAUUCGAGUUGGUUGAAAAAAAAUAACAUGAAGAUGGGUACCCCGGCUUCUAUGGCUUCUUCCGCAGAAGGGCAAAGUACCAUUAAGCAGAAAGAUUCGUAGGCACCUGAUGACAUUGACUUCAACCGAACACUGCUUAGAGGAAAAAAAUCGGGCGGCUCUGUUAAUUACCAUGUCGUUAUAUAUUUGUUCAUUUCAGCAUCUUUCAAAAAGAGUUUGUAAGGCUAAUACUGUCUCUAUACCAA